CCUAACGCCUUCUUUUUCAUCCCAGACCGCUAAAGUGUAUGUGCGCAGCAUCGUCUCGUUCUCUUUGCAUGGAUCGUUCUUGAAUAAGGAUCAAAAUGCAAAUCUUUGUGAAAACACUCACAGGAAAAACCAUCACCCUUGAGGUUGAUGCGGCUGACAGCAUUGAAAAUGUCAAGGCCAAAAUCCAAGAUAAGGAAGGAAUUCCUCCAGACCAGCAAAGAUUGAUCUUCGCCGGAAAACAAUUGGAAGAUGGACGUACAUUGUCCGAUUACAAUAUUCAGAAGGAAUCUACCCUUCAUUUAGUCCUUCGUCUGCGUGGUGGUGCCAAAAAACGCAAGAAGAAGAACUACAGCACCCCAAAGAAAAUCAAGCACAAGAAGAAGAAGGUCAAGCUUUCUGCUUUGAAAUACUAUAAGGUUGAUGACAACGGUAAAAUCCACCGUUUGAGAAGAGAGUGCCCCUCUGAUCAAUGCAGUGCUGGUGUUUUCAUGGCUGCCAUGGAAGACAGACAUUACUGCGGAAAAUGCCACUACACUCUAGUUUUCAACAAACCAGAAGAAAAAUAAGAUCAUUCUUCGUUGUAUUCACUUACAUUUAUAUGUAAUAAAUAAUUUUUUAGAAUACAACACUA